GCUAUGGGCCAAUGUCAGUCAGUAGGAGGCAAGUUCAACAUCCAGGCUGUUCAGUGGCCUUGCAGGGUUCACCCAGAGGUCCAGAGACUAUGUUGUUCAGGGCUCAGAGUGGGUGUGGGUCUAGGUGAGGCAGGAGUCCCUCUCAUGCUGGCCCUGGGCCUCCAGCCGCACAGAGAGUCCUGUUGGUCCUUUAGCAGCUUCCCCACCUCCCCCAGCCUGUACAAUCAGUGGACAUGGACAAGUGUUGGCAAAGGACCAGAGGAGGGGGUGAGGAGUGGACCGCUGGACUACACCAUCUCAGGAGGGUCCCAGAGAGUCUUCAAGAAGGCAAGCCCCAAUGGAAAGCUCACCGUCUAUCUGGGAAAGCGGGACUUUGUGGACCACAUUGACCUCGUGGACCCAGUGGAUGGUGUGGUCCUGGUGGAUCCUGAGUAUCUCAAGGAGAGGAGAGUCUAUGUGACACUGACCUGCGCCUUCCGCUAUGGCCGGGAGGACCUGGAUGUCCUGGGCCUGACCUUUCGCAAGGACCUGUUUGUGGCGAACGUGCAGUCCUUCCCACCGGCCCCCGAGGACAAGAAGCCCCUGACGCGGCUGCAGGAGCGCCUCAUCAAGAAGCUGGGCGAGCACGCCUACCCUUUCACCUUUGAGAUCCCUCCGAACCUCCCAUGCUCUGUGACACUGCAGCCAGGGCCUGAAGACACAGGGAAGGCUUGUGGUGUGGACUAUGAAGUCAAAGCUUUCUGCGCAGAGAACCUGGAGGAGAAGAUCCACAAGCGGAAUUCUGUGCGCCUGGUCAUCCGGAAGGUUCAGUAUGCCCCGGAGAGGCCUGGCCCCCAGCCCACAGCCGAGACCACCAGGCAAUUCCUCAUGUCGGACAAGCCCUUGCACCUAGAGGCCUCCCUGGAUAAGGAGAUCUAUUACCAUGGAGAACCCAUCAGCGUCAAUGUUCAUGUCACCAACAACACCAACAAAACAGUGAAGAAGAUCAAGAUAUCAGUGCGCCAGUAUGCGGACAUCUGCCUUUUCAACACAGCCCAGUACAAAUGCCCUGUGGCCAUGGAAGAGGCUGACGACACAGUGGCACCCAGCUCAACAUUCUGCAAGGUCUACACGCUGACCCCCUUCCUGGCCAACAACCGGGAGAAGCGGGGCCUCGCCUUGGACGGGAAGCUCAAGCACGAAGACACCAACCUGGCCUCCAGCACCCUGCUGAGGGAAGGAGCCAACCGGGAGAUCCUGGGGAUUAUUGUUUCCUACAAAGUGAAAGUGAAGCUGGUGGUGUCACGGGGAGGCCUGUUGGGAGAUCUUGCAUCCAGCGACGUAGCUGUGGAACUGCCUUUCACCCUGAUGCACCCUAAGCCCAAAGAGGAACCCCCACAUCGGGAAGUUCCAGAGAACGAGACGCCAGUAGAUACCAAUCUCAUAGAACUUGACACAAACGAUGACGACAUUGUAUUUGAGGACUUUGCCCGCCAGAGACUGAAAGGCAUGAAAGACGACAAGGAGGAAGAGGAGGACGGUACCAGCUCUCCACAGCUCAACAACAGAUAGACAGGGGCCAGGCCCUCCCUCUGGGCAGCUCCAGGUCCACUGUCACGCACUAGGAUGCUUAUUUGUCUUCUUCCUGUUCUGGUUGCCCCUUCCUCUUUGUUCUUCCAGUUUCUACCAGGGGCCCCAGUGGUCUUCCAGGUUAUGGUGAUGAGCCUCUGGCCUCAGGACUGGCCCCAACAGCACCAUGCCACCAGGGCCACAGUGCACCCUUUUAAUCCCCUACCUCCAUCCAUCACCUCUCCUUCCCCCUCCUCAACAUACUCCCCCCCAGAAAGGCUACCACAAGCCCUGGCCUUGGAAUUCAAAUUGAGAUGAGGAGCAGAAAGGGGAGGAUGGGGUGGGGAGAGGCAUGGUGACUGCGGGCAGGGGGACUUGGAGGGGUGGGAUGAGGGCUAAUGACACAUAAGUGGAUGUCCACAGUCCCAGGUGGUCAACACAGUUCUGGCAGCUAAAAGAUGACCACACUGAAGGCUACCCGCUUCCGGAAUGGUUCUCUGGAGGAACUAGGGUGUAGGAUUCUGGCUGGGAGGGGCAGAUUUGUAGAUAGAUUCGCAAUGCUUUUUGUAGUUUGGACCCCCUAAAGACCUCUACCCUUCAGUCCCCACCCCUGCCUCAUGUCCAUCUGUGUCUGAUAGUGGCAUUAAUGAAGGCCCAUAGGCCCCAGGAAUGGAGAAAAGCAACUGGACUGAUUUUCUUACCAGCAGUUACCUAGUCUAAGGCAAGCUGUGAAAACUAGCCCAAGUAUAUUGCAGCAUUGUCAGGAUGUAACAUUUUAGCUACCUUGUAUCUUAUGUAUCUGGAUAUAUGUAUAUGUUGUUGUUGUUAUAAAGGGCUGCAGAGUCAGUUCCGACUCAUAGCAACCCUAUGUACAACAGAACAAAACAUUGCCUGGUCCUGCUCCAUCCUCACAAUUGUUGCUAUGUUUGAGCCCAUUGUUGUAAACACUGUGUCAGUCCAUCUCAUUGAGGGUCUUCCUCUUUUUCACUAACCCUCUACUUUACCAAGCAUGAUGUCCUUCUCCAGGGUCUCUCCUGAUAACAUGUCCAAAGUACGUGAGACAAAGUUUCACCAUCCUCACUUCUAAGGAGCAUUCUGGCUGUACUUCUUCCAAGACAGAUUUGUUUGUUCUUCUGGCAGUUCAUGGUCUACUCAAUAUUCUGCAGCAACACCAUAAUUUGAAGGCAUCAAUUCUUCUCUGUUCUUUCUUAUUCAUUGUCCAGCUUUCACAUGCAUAUGAGGCAACUGAAAAUAACAUGGCUUGGGUCAGGCACACCUUAGUCCUCAAGGUGAUAUCUUUGUUUUGUUUUGUUUUGUUUUAACACUUUGAAGUGCUCUUUUGUAGCAGAUUUGCCCAGUGCAAUGCAUUGUUUGAUUUCUUGACUGCUGCUUCCAUGAGUGAAUAUACAGAGAGGGAAAGAAGGGAGAAAGUGCCAACUAGUGGCAGAGUGAGCUGCAGCUCCUGAGGAGGUUUCCUGAAGGGGGACUCUAAGAAAGGGGCAGGGGCCUGGAAGAUCAGAGUCUGACUUUUCUCCCCUUGUGACUUAAGAAUUAUCAUCAUGUGGGAAGCAAAGCUAGAGGUCCAGAGGGGGCCAGGGCCCGCAUGUCCUCCUGCCCCUCCCCAUGGUUCUCCAGGGAUGGGCUGGGCUGGACUUGCAGGCUGGGAGAGAGCACCUGAGGUCACCAUGGCCACAGUCAAACCAGGUCCUUCCCCAGAAGGUAGCAGGGUCCAUCAAGAUGCCCUUGCCCGAUGGAAAAGAGGCAGCUGGUUAGCAAAGAAGCUCUUUGUUUCUUUGGGGGAGUUGAUGACCCCCAGCAGUACCUAGUGCCAUGGUACCCAUGAGCUGGUGUUGGUGUGAUUGGGACCUGGGGCAUUUCCAAGGCAGCAGGGCAGGUGGGUGAUGAGGUAGGAAGAGUUAAAAGAUAUCUGUUCUUGUCUGGCCUUUGAUGCUAACUUGCUGUGUGACCUUGGGCAAAUUCCUCCCCUUCUCCUGGCCUCCAUUCCUCACCUGAAAAACCAAGGGGUUUGACCAAGGGUCCUUGCCAGCUCUGGCCCCCUGAGAAAUUGUGAAUAAUGGAGCCCUGGUCUGGUGGAGCUGCUGACCCUGGUCUUUCUGUCUCCAGAGGGGGUUCAUGGAACCCGAGAGGGAACAGGGUCUUAGACAGCACCUUGCCCACUCCACACCAAGCCUGGGAAGGGCCCUUCUUGGGCCUUAGCAUCAGGUUGCCUGAUGUUAAGCUCUGUUUCUUAGCUGUGACCUUAGCUGUGUCCUAGGGCCUGAGUGUUAAAGGGAGGGGCAGAGCUUCAGUUUGUUGGGUCUUGGGUGGGCCUCCAGUACCUCGUGGCCCCUGUGGAAGUGGACAACCUAAGGUUUUUUCUUAUACCCAAGCAAAUAUAUUGGUUAGCAGGGCAAGAUGGCUCUCUCUUCCAUUUCUGCUCCUUUCCAACUCUGUCCCAUACAUGCCUAAAAAGAGAGACAACGAAAUGUUAUUAUACAGGUUGCAUCUCUGUCCUCCGUGGGGUAGGCUAUGCUGCCAUUUCCCAUGGUGCAAUUACCCAGUUCACAAGCCUGGCACUGUACCCCAGCUCUUCCCUCCUGAAUCCCAUUGAGACUCAACGCAAAGGACUCCUACCCAAUUACCCAAUGCCAUCGAGUUGAUUCCUUUAGUUAGCAGCUGUAGCACUUAACCACUACACCACCAGGGUUUCCAAAUGACUCCUAUACCAGGUCAAAACUAAGCAAGCUCAGGGCAGUCACAGUCCCCGGGCCAGUCCUGGGGUCCUAGGUGCAAAUGCUCCAGGCAUCUAUGCCCCCUGUCAGAACUUGCUGUGCAGUUUGCCCCUCAUCUGGGCAGCUGUUGAGUUGAUGAAAUGUUGGAACAACUCAUGGCAUUUACAUACUCUUCAGUGUCAUCCUUCAAAUCUUUUGGGACUAGUACAAGACCCAUUAGAAUUUAGGGUGAUCAUCCACCUGCAAAUCUCUUUCCCCAGCCCCCAACACAUACACACAAAAGAUUUGUCAGGCUGAUUUCUUGAGCUUCCUCCACCUCAAUAUUACAUUUACCCUUUUGGGUUAUCCCAGUGUUGUUUAACUGAA